AUGGCUGCGUUCGAUGAGACCUUCAACCCCGCCGCUCUGACACGCUCUGACACGAUCACUUCUACAACGAGCACGGCGAAGCCUCCGCCAGGCUCGGCGUCGAAGCAGCCGAAAGUCGCUCAAAGCUAUCCUCGAGUUGACUUGGAACCGCUGUAUACCGAACUAAAGUCGCUCAUCGGCCACAACUGGGACACGUACUUCGACGCUAUAACGAGGUUCAUACGAGGUGAACUCAAUGCACGAGAAUUUGGCGACCUGUGCGAUGUCUUUAUUUACGCGACCCCUCAGACCGAACAUGCACACAACUCUUUGAUAUUAGCCAUACUAUGUAACACCGGCAAAGAUCCUCCUGAACCGGGGCUUGCAGCAUGGGUCAGCGCAACAACAGACAAGUCCGCCCUGAACUCCGGCACGAAACCCGCAGCCACCAGCGAUGCAAGCGAACAGCGACUCAAGGCCGAAGUAAUGGCCCUGCCCGCCCGGGACCGACGACGCAUCAAAGGAGCUGCAAACGAUAAGGCAGACGAGGAGGCGGCCGCUCGGAGGAACCCAUACGAAGACCUGUAUCUGGCGGGCAGGAUCAAGGUUCCAGAGACCGCCGCCAAUGCAGCAGCAGGAGGUCUGACCAAGACAAACUGGGACUUGGAGAUCAGAAAAAGAUAUCUGCAGCCACUUUUCGCAGAGACGCUGGAGUUCCCAGACACGACGACGAUACACUCCCGUAUUGUCCCCAUUUGCUAUGAAGAGUCCAUCGCGCAAGGGUGCUCAAUACAGUGCGCUGAGUUGGUCGGAAUUGCCGCGGAGACAUACUUGAAAGGCGUGCUGGCCGAGGUCAUGAAUCGAACCCGAUCCAACGGCCCACGGUACGAGCACAGUGCGGGCGGAACCAUCUUGACCAGCUCCUACAAGAAGAGAAUAGACCGGGAGGAUGAGGAAGUGAAGGCCGGAAAGCUUCAGAGGACUCGUGACGAUGACCUAUUACCAACUGAAGCUCAGUUCGCAUAUGCAAGGCGUCCCAUCGGCAUGGCGGAUCUGCAACUCACUGCUCAAGUCGGUCCUUUACCUUGGAAUGCAAUGCCCUGUAUUGGAUAUGCCGUGGGCAACGCUUCGGCCGGUUACGAUCAUGAUCAAUGGCUCAUGGAUCAAGAUCAGAUGACGGCCGUGACGACGACGAAUGGACACGUGGAUUCAGCCGAGGACAGUAUGGAUAUCGACAGUACCGAUAACUAUGGCUGGGAAGGUGCCGGGCCGCAGGACAGAACUGGUCUGGAUUCUGUUCUUGCCGAUUGUCUGGCUAUUCGUGUGUAG